CUCUACGGAAUACUAGUCGGAGUGAAAAUAAUCUGUGUUUAGGACACUAGGGCAGGAAGUGUGCUUUGUUAAACAAAACUGGAGAGCCCAUGUUAACAGCAGUUAAAAGAAUAGAAGAAAUUACGGCACCUACGUAUGUCUCUGGAAGAAAAUCAACAUUAUUUAACUCUUAGAGCACAACAUAUGGGCGAGAAAUUAAUGUCUUGUGGAGGGGAGAGCACAAUCCUUAACAACUGUCCAUGCAACAGUGAAUCUUCACUUUCAUUCUUACAAACACACCGUGUGAAUCUGAUAGAUGAGCUUGCAGACUAUAUCGAUUUUAUUGUUGACCGAGGCCUAGAGGAACAACUUCUAUCAAAAGAUGAUUAUGAAGAUAUUACAUAUGAACGAGGUCCCAGAAAAAAAGUAAGAAAGCUGCUGGAUAUCAUUGACUGUCUUGGGGAAGAAAAUGCAUCAUUCUUUUGUUCGGUUUUUAUUCAAAUUAAAACUGCAAAUUUAACAAAGCAAAACACUAAACAGAGUGAGUAUUCAAAAUCUAUAAAGAAACACAAAGAGGUUCUUGCACGGCGAAAUGACUGCAUUAAAUAUUAUAAUGCCAGAGUUGGAGAAAAAUUCUACUUCACCGAUCAUUUUGUAAAUCUUUUGCUCGUUAAGGGACAUUACAGCCUUGAAAUUAAGAAAAAUGAAUUGAUAACUUUUGGCCAACAACGGAUACACCUCCAAAACAAUAAGGACUUGAAGCCAGAAAUCAAACUAUACCAACUUUUCCAAAAAUUAAAUGACAGAAGGACUCCAAAGAAAAUCCUUGUAAGUGGUGUAGCGGGAAUUGGAAAAACUGUAUUUGUACAAAAAAUUCUCCAUGAUUUUGCAAAGACAUCAACAUAUAGCAAUUUUGAUUUUGUAUUGAAUUUGACUUUCCGCGAUCUCAACUUGUUUAAUGAUCCUACAACGCUGCGAGAAAUAAUUCGUAAAAAACAUGGACAUUUAUCCAGUACCUUGGAGGACAUUUUUAAUAAUAGUGAAAAACUCCUCAUGAUCUUGGAUGGCUUUGAUGAAUUUAAGUUUUACAACCAGAUUGAUUUAGACCAAUAUGUAUUUGAUCCAGAUGAGGAAGCGUUAGUUCCACAAAUAUUUGGCAGUCUACUAAAUAGUGAGCUCCUCCCAGAUGCCACCAUUGUUGUGACCAGUCGGCCAACAGUCAUUAACCACAUCCCUAUUGAAUCUAUUGACCGCUUUGUAGUAAUUACAGGCUUCUCAGUCUCAGAGAUAGAAGAUUAUUUCCAAAAAUUUUACAGGGACGACGUGCUGGGAACUAAGAUAUUUCUUUCUGUGAAAGAAAACCAUUUCUUAUUUACACUCUGUUACAUCCCUGCUUUCUGCUGGAUUGUUUGCAGUGUUCUCAGAGGAUAUUCCUCUCUCAGCAUCGGAGAGCCCAAAACGAUGACCGACAUCUAUUGUCAUUACCUUGUAAUUUUAUUGAAAUACCAUGCCCAUCAAGGUGAUUGUGUUAAAGAUGAAGCCGUGCUGAAAGCUGUAUUUAAUUUAGGUAAGAUUGCUUACCAUUCAUUUUUGAGACAUGAAACACUAUUUUAUGAACAGGAUGUGGACCUGGUUCAAAAGUUGCCACCUGAAAUUGUAAAUAGUUUUCUUGAUAAAACAUCUGUCCAGGAACUUGAAGGUACAGAAAACGUGCUUUCGUUCACACAUUUUACUAUCCAAGAGUUCUUUGCAGCAUUUUACUAUGCUUUUCAUGAAGUCAGUCUCUCUGAUGAUAUAAUGAAAUCCCCGGUUCAAGAGAAACUUAACCUUUAUUCUGGUUGGUUGGAUUUAUUUCAUCGAUUUCUUUCAGGAUUGAUGUCUGUACGUAAUGAAAAUGUGCUGUUUAAACAUCUAAAACUGGAAGGAAGUAAGAGAUUGGACACAUACACAUCGUGGUUGAUUGAAUCCCUCAUUAAACACUGUGAAAAUGGCCACUGUAUUCUUAACCUCUUGCACUGCUUGUUUGAACAACAGCGUAGUUGUUUGGUCCAGAAAAUACAACCAGACGUGUUACGGCUCAAUUUGAGUGACAACUUAUUAUCACCCAUUGACUUUGAUGUUUUGAUCUAUUUUUUGGAUCUCGUCAAUAUGAAUAUUGAUGAACUUGAUUUAACAGCAACACAUGUAAACGCCGACUACUUGAAGAAGCUUCUACCUUACCUUCAUCGAUGUCGCAGAUUCUGGAUUGGUGAAAAUAAGUUGGAUUCAGAAUCAAUAAAAGUUAUCUGCAGUGCCCUGACAUCUUCUGAUUGCAAAAUGGAAGAACUGGGGCUCGGAUGGACACAACUAGAAGAUGAGGACUUUUUACAAAUCUAUAAGGCUCUCUGUUCUAACUGCAGUUUGCAAGGAUUAUGGGUUGAAGGUAAUAAUAUCAGCUAUAAAGCUGUUGAACAGUUUUUGGACAUAACCCUAACCAAUACAACUUUACAGUAUGCCGUGCUUCUUGGAAAUAAACUGCAAGCAGAUGAACUUGCAGCUCUAAUAGUAAAUCCUCACAAGAAAGUCAUUGUUGUUCACAUUGACAAUGACUAUGGUGAAGAAUUUUGGCAGGGAUGGUGGGCCUGGAUUUUCCAAAGAUGCAAAAUGUGCAGUGAUGAGAAAAUUGUUGCUUUCCUGACAAAAGUUUAUCGAGGACUUGGCCUCUGCCAUGGGAAAAGCACUACUUGGAUGGAUAAUUGGUAUACUGAAAUAGAUCAAUUCUUACAGGAAAGAAUAAAGAAUUGUCCCGUCAACAACAUUAGAAAGAAAAUUGAGACUCUUAAACAGAUGUUUCAUGAACAAUCAGCUAAGCAGUGAUAUACGUUGUAACUCCCACACAAUCUGCAUUGAGCUCUCAAAGUGUAAUAGCGAGAAUCUAAACUCAAUCUCUGUAACUUGAGAAUGGUCACUCUUGAGCAUUGCAUACAUCAGUAGACCUGGUUUCAAUGCUUUUGGUUAUUUUUCUAUGGUCUUCAACAAUUUGUGAUAUAAAUUCACAUUUGAUUUGUGAUUUCAAGCCACAAUUUUAGUCAAGAAGAAGGCAUUUUAACUGGAGUGAAAAGUCCAAUAUCAAAGUCAAGCUGAGCACAGUAGGAUCACUUCAUAUUCAAAUAUCGGAAACCAGUGCCAUCUGUAAAGGGAUUUAUUGGACAGUUGUGUUCUAGUUCUUUAAGUAGGUAAUCGUCGUGGUAACCAAAAUUACAUAAGUCUUGGUUGACUCUCUUUUAACUCUUUAAGCUAAAGUCAUGUUUAUAGUCUGCACUCACUUAUUUCAAGUGUUUCUGACAUAGUUUUUUAUUACAAUAUUGUAACAUACGCGGAGCUGAGGAAUUGGGGGCACUGAACAGGAGGUGUGUGAUGUUCUUAUAUAAAUAUUUUACAUUGAAUAUAUAAUUUAUCUAUAUGAUAAAAUAUGUAUUAAAUGCCAAUAGGUGUAAUUUGUAUCAAAGAAAACAUAACAAGUCAUAACAAGUUCAUGUUAAACACCAAUAUCAGUGUUUUUUAUUCUGUAAGUCAUCCUCAUAAAUUCUAUAUUUGUUUUUCUUGCAAUUUUUUGUUGUUGUUUUGCAGAACAUGCAUUUAGUAUACCAAAAGUGAAACUUCUCAAAAAAAUACAGCAUAGAAUAUGCGGAAGAAAGGAAUUUGGGGUGCAAUUCUCCAUAAUGAAAAUUGAGAACAGCAGCGUGGAGGUUAUUUAAAAAAAAAAAAA